GACUCGCUACCCCCCUGGGCGUUUGGAUGUUGCUUUUCGCCAAGCGCAGUUGAAUAUCCGUCUAGGCGAACUAGGGUGUUCGAUAAUGAUUCAAUCAAAUCAACUUUCUGAUUUGCCGAAAAUGACUUGAUAAGGUCUGGGCCCUCGCUUUUACUCCAAGGUACUGGGAAUCGCCAGGUAGGGCACCCAGAUGUGGAUGGGUACUGAGACCCUUGAAUAUCUCCAUCAUAAGCAAGUAAGCGCAGAUCACUCUCUAUAAACAGGGUCGGAAGUCUCCUUGGCUUUUUCCUCCUUGUGUUCUUCGCGUCUUCUCUCGUUCUUGUCUCCCCCCACCGUCAAAACUACGCGUUACCACUCGGUCAGUCAUCAUGGCGGCGAUACGAUCUGCAGACGAGAAACACGACUCCGAUCAGGCGGAAGCGGUGGUGCUCGAGACCAAGAGCCAAGGCUCUUCCGAGGCGCCUAGGUGGACUGUGGAAGAGGAGACCGCUCUUCGUAGGAAGCUCGACUGGCAACUGGUGCCUACCGUUACCAUACUAUAUCUCCUCUGUUUCCUGGAUCGGAUAAAUAUAGGAAACGCCCGUAUCCAAGGACUGCAAGAGGAUCUUGACCUCUACGGAUACCGGUUUAAUAUCGCGACGAGUAUCUUCUAUAUCGUCUAUCUGACGAUAGAAGUGCCGUCCAAUAUCAUUCUCAAGCAUGUUGGUCCUCGGUACUACCUACCCGGAUUAGUUGUCGGGUUUGGAGCUGUCUCCGUAGGGACGGCCUUUGUGAAGACUUUCGAGCAGCUCUGUGCAGUUCGUGCGUUGUUGGGCAUUUUCGAAGGUGGAACGAUGCCGGGAUUGGCCUUCUUCCUCAGCUCUUUCUACAAGAGAGAAGAGCUUUACUUCAGAGUCGGUAUUUACGUCUCGGCCGCAUCGAUCGCCGGCGCCUUCGGUGGACUAUUAGCCGCGGGAUUUUCGCAAAUUCCUGAAUGGGGAAUAGCUAGCUCGAGGCUGCACACGUGGCGCAAUAUCUUUUUCUUCGAAGGACUCAUCACCAUGCUGAUCGCGAUGACGGCCCCUAUCAUCCUUCCGCAGAGCCCCGAAACGUCGAAGUACCUCACGGACCGCGAGAAAUUCAUCGCCGUCGAGCGUCUCCGCCUCGAGAGCAAGGCCGAAGCUCACGAGAGGGUGCAGGCGCGCCACGUCAAGCAGGCGCUGCUCAACAUCAACAACUACAUCUGCGCGGCGGGCUUCUUCGCCAUCAACAUCACGGUGCAAGGGCUAUCCGUCUUCAUGCCGACGCUGCUCAAGGACCUGGGAUGGGAGUCGCUGACGGCGCAGUACUACACCGUGCCCGUGUACGUGGCCGCGUCGCUCGUCGCCAUCGGCAUCGGCUUUAUCAGCGACAAGACGCGCAUGCGGGGGCUGUACCUCGCGCUCUUCACCUUCCUCGGCAUCACCGGCUUCGCCAUGCUCCGCUGGGGCCACGGCAACGCCCUCCGCUACACGGCCAUCUACCUCUGCGCCCUCGGCGCCUUCCCCGGCGGCCCGGGGUUCCUGUCGUGGGGUCUCAACAACGCGGCCGGCCCGGCCAUCCGCGCCGUCUCCGGCGGCUGGAUCGUCACUUUGGGGACGAUGGGCGGCAUCCUCGCCGUCUGGGCGUACUUGCCGGAUGACGGCCCGGCCUUCCCCAUCGGCCAUACGAUUAACCUCGUCGCGCAGAUCCUCGCGCUGUUCCUGAGCAGCUUCGGCAUCUGGUACUGCGUCCGGGAGAAUAGGAUUAGGGCGAGGGGCGGCCGGGAUCAUCGGCUAGUGGGGCUUAGCGAGGAGGAGAAGGUGGGUUUGGGGUAUCGGCACCCGGAUUUUAGAUAUAUCUCGUGAUCCGGGAGACG